AUGAUUGUGACUACAAAUGGUAGUGAGCAAGUUAAAGAUAACAUCACUUGUGUGUUUGGGCCCAAACAGGUUUGUAAAAUUUGUACUUGUUUUGAUAAUCUAUGGGUGAAAUUUUACAAUAAUUGAAAUGUGGCUACCACUUUUCCAACACUGCCAGUUUAGUACAAUGUAUGUGACAGGUCAAAAUUAGAUUCAGGUUAAAAGUUUUGAACCUAGGUUGGUUCUCAAUUUGCUUUGUUUCCUAUGCCUAAUUAUUAAUGAAUUAGGGCUUGGAGACAAUGAAAGGAAAUUGAGAAUCAACCUAGCUUAAAAAUGUUAACCUGAAUUUAAUUUUGACCUGUAACAUAUAUGUCAACAAAACCUUGGACAGCGAAACAGUCCAUAUUUCUGCUUAGUCAGGUACGAACAAACAGUCAGACAAAAAGUCUGGCGCGAGGCUAAAAACGGUGAGCGAGACUGGGGAAAGAUGUCAAAUACUGGACACAGUGUUCACCACAAGAUUGGAAGGGAAGGGUAGACGAUAACAUGCAAUUUUCCCCUGAAAUCAGUCAUCAAGUCUAUUAAAUUCACAAAGAGGGUGGAGUUGUGAACAGAUUUUUGACAGCUCGACAACAUUUGGAGCCCCUUGUCAGAAUGAAGUUGUCGUGUGGAAAAACGGACAGUCAUUUUUUUUCUCUUGUGGGCGUGUGAGGCUUGCACGCUUUGCACGUGUGAGAAGGUGAUGCUAUGCCAGUGCUUUGCACCUUGAAGAAAGAUUUCGUCUUGUUGAGAAAAAGUCUAAGAAAACCUUGAUUGACCAGAUCAGGUGACCCUUGUAAUCUCUUAAGUGACAAACAGUUAGAGAUAUGAUGACCAUAAAAACAGAGCAGUGACAGAUAACAAAAUUUUUUCUGGCAUAUUUGAAGGCUUAUGUGUAAAAGAGGCUCACCCAGCAAAACCUGCAAACAGGGUUGUCUCUAAACUUUCAAGCUGCUGGGUAAAUACAACAAGUGGGCGGGGAAUCAAACAGCCAGGGAUUUCUUUUGGUUCUAUUUUCCAAUUAAUAGUAGCCGGAGACCACACUCAUAGUAGAUGGGGGAAAUCCCUGGCCUCCGCGGCUCUUAAUGACAUCCCUGCUGCUAACCUCUUUCAAGUUCUCUUCUUUUUAAAUCUUUUUUCCUCAGCUCACUUGUUUCCCUCAAGUGUCUGAAAAAAUGGCACAUGAAGAAAAUGCCAGGGAGUGGCUUUUUUUUUUUCUAUCUGUCAACCAGUCUGAAGAAAUAAUUAUUAUUAUUUCAGAUUCAAACAGUAAUGGCCAUCGUGCAGUCUGUUCCAUCAGAAGAAGACUGCAAUGAACUUGGGCUUGUUGCCUCAAAGUGCAGUGCUCAGGGAAACCCCUUUAAAAUCACUGGAUACAUUUCAAAACCAGAUCAUGGUAUGGGCCGCAGCAGUGCUGAUCGUCAGUUUUUAUACGUUAACAAGCGACCCUGUGAGCUGAGCAAGGUGUCUCGAGUCAUUAAUGAGGUCUACCAUAUGUUUAACAGACACCAGUAUCCAUUUGUGAUGAUGGACAUAUCACUGGCACGAGGUUUGUUGUGGUUUGUUGCAGUCCUUCUUGUCAUGUCUCAGUUAUUACUUGUCCUCACAUUGCUCAAUAUAGAGAACUAUACUCUUAUACAGUAUCCUACAAUCUAGGAUGCAUAUGGUGUAUGUUGCUGGCAGAAUAUGUCCCUACAUUUUAGACGAUUAUCCUAAACAGUAGCAGUUCAUUGCUGUCUUUGACAACAAAAUUAGUUGAGACACUGUUUGUUUGUUGUUUGUUUUUAAGUAUGAAAAAAAUUAAUACAAGCUAUUAUAGGGCCUUUGUAACAUUUUGCCAAAUUCAGAAGAGGAAAAUGAAGCUUUCCCUCCCCCACCCCUCCAAGCAAUGUUGUACCAUUGUACGAGCUACCUGCAAGAAACAACAAGGGAAGAGGUGCAGAUUGUUUUGUUCCCAGUUUUUCUUGGUCUUGCAGAAUCUAUAAUGUAGGUUACCUUUUCUGCUGUGGUGUUGGUAUUGUCAGUGUCCUUUCAAUCUUUUGUAUUACAACACAAUGUACAUUAUCGUGUGAUUCCACUAGUCUGCAACAUCAGGAAUCAAUCCCAUAUGAUAGUGUCUCAGCAGGAAGAAAUCAGGGUUAUCAGUUCAACCUUCAAUGCCGCUCUUUCCCUGUUCCUGACUGGAUAGGUGCUACAUCUAAUUUGGAAAAUUUUUGUAUAGUUAAAGCCCUUGUAAGCAACUGCCUCAGGAAUCCAUAUAAAAGGUUCACAACUAGAGCCAAUCACUUACGAGAGUUUUCCCAAGGAGUCAGCAUCAGUAAUGGGUAACAUGAAGAACAGCUCCCUGAAACAUAUGUCGUCCACUUGUUGGUUGACUGUCGACUGGCAGGCGACCAUCAGUUUGUCAGCUGACAGUUGAUGGUUUGUUGGCCGCUUGUUGGCAGCUUGUGGGGCGAUUGUUGGCCAUUUGUCGUCUGUUGGCCAACUAUUGAUCGUCUGUCAGCUCACUGUUGGUCAACAGUCUACUGACAGAUGGCCAAAAGAUUUUUAGAGUACUGAGCUGUUCUUCAAUUUACCAGUAACGUGAACUAUGUUUCAACAAAAAAACUGAUAACAUUGGAAGUGUGAGGCAUGAAUGCCUAGUUGUUCCACUCUUGAUCUUACGACUUUCAUUUUGUUAUCAGAUGGUGUAGAUGUCAAUGUGACUCCAGACAAGAGACAGGUGUUUGUCCAGGAAGAGAAAGUCCUUCUAGCCACCAUAAAAUCGUCGCUGAGGAAGAUGUUCGAUGGUGGAACUGCAUCAUUUGAUGUCAAUCAAAAACCUCUGAUGCAAAUAAAACUGUCAGCCUCCACGUUCGUUCCUAGAAACUACAAUGGCGACUCCCAUGGAAAUGAAGACCUUCGAUGUUCUCAGAUGAAGCAGGAUGAAAAGGUAUCAGAUCAACCUGCUUCAGUUGUACCAACAAGGACGCAUGUCGAGAAAGGGAAAUUUCCAUCGCUUAGCAGUUUCAAGAGGAAGUUUUCAUCAGUUGACCAAGAUGUGGUUGAGAAACCAAAAGAGCCUAGCUGUAAGCAGGUGAAGCUUACCAGUAUGUUCACGCGGGAUAAACAAGCUUCGAGGAUGGAAAGCAAAGAGUCUGUGGAAACAGAUAGUGGGAAUGUUUUUGCUGUUGCUAAGACUCAAAGAUCUGAAAAUAUUGGUGAUAGCAAUGAACGGUUAGCAAGAAAAACUGACAUUGAAGUUGUUAAAGUUAAGGAUGAUAUCAUUUCUGUAAGUGAAUCUGAUGACGACGAAGUAAGUUCUCAGAAAGACGUCCAGCAAGAAAUAGAUUCAGAGCGUUUUGAUAAAACUAAUCAAACACUUUUCGGCCAGGCUAAAGAUAAUUCAAGUAACGCAUCUUGCAAAACAAUACUGGUUCUUCCUAAACUUGGCAACACCGAGAAACAAACUCAGGUAUCAGAGAUGGUUAGAAACAGAAAGGAAACAACAGUGAGUUUCAGUAUGAAUAAACUUAAAAGCGUUGUUACGGCACCAACGAGACAGAAAACAGAUGAAGUAGAAGCUCGUUUGUUCAGAGCGAAGAUAGCACCAGAGAGCAAUUCCAGUGCUGAGAAAGAACUAACGAAAAAUAUUAGUAAAGAUAUGUUCAAGCGUAUGGAAGUUUUAGGUCAAUUUAACCUGGGUUUUAUCAUCGCAAAACUGGACAAUGAUUUGUUCAUAAUCGACCAGCAUGCUUCAGAUGAGAAAUUUAACUUUGAGGAUCAACAGAGGAACACGACAAUUAAGUCCCAACGUCUUAUUGUUCCCCAGAAGCUUGAACUAACCGCUGCCAAUGAAGCUAUCCUUAUGGACAACGUGGAAAUAUUUCAAAAGAACGGAUUUGAUUUUGAAAUUGAUCACAAUGCCAAUGCAAUGAAGAAGGUCAAGCUAGUUUCUCUGCCCAUGAGCAAGAACUGGACGUUUGGUGUUGAGGACAUCGAGGAGUUGAUUUUUAUGCUGAGUGAUUCUCCUGGCGUGAUGUGUAGACCUUCAAGGGUGAGGAAAAUGUUUGCAAGUCGUGCGUGUCGCAUGUCCAUCAUGGUUGGAACUGCACUUAACCAGGCUCAAAUGAAGAGGGUUGUUUGCCACAUGGGAGAGAUUGAGCAUCCCUGGAACUGUCCUCACGGCAGACCCACAAUGAGGCAUCUAAUCAAUCUCAGUAUGCUGCCAGCCUCGCAGUUGGAUUGA